AUGACCGAAGGUCAUUGGACUUCCGUAACGAACUCUCGACAUGGAAAUUCUCAUAAUAAUUCAUCACUUGGGACUCGAGGAGGAAGAACAAGGCUAGCAUAUAAAACAAACGUUCAUAAUGGAAAUUCGACUCACCCUUCCAAUAAAGUUACUAAUAAAAGUUCUCGAUAUGAUAAAAAUAACGCAAAUUAUAACGCAUAUAAUUUUCCACCAAAUGUUGAUUAUGAACAAGAACUUGAUUUAUCACAUGACGAAAAUGAAAAUUAUUCUUCCGAUGAUUCUUUGGGACAAGGAAUUUUAUCAUUAAAACCUUUUUAUAUCGAACUGUCAAUCAAAUGUCCUUUUGAAAAUUGUCGGAAUGAAUCGUUGUUCGAUAGUACAAAUCUCAUCGAUCAUUUAAAAGAAUUACAUAAAUUACGUUUCGUUAAUUUACAUCAUGUUUAUUUAAUUCUUGAAAGUUACCUGGACAUUUGGGCAAAAAGAAUUAAAGAUGAUGACGUUGUUCAACAAUUAGAAACCGAAAUUGAUAAUGAGGGCAAUAAAGUGUACGUAAUCGACCCAGAUCAUUUGCCGGAGGAUAAGACUCUACGAGAAAAACUUCAUCUUGAUAAAUUGAAUGAAGUUUUACAAAUUCAAGCAUAUGAACGAAAUAAUGAUGCUAAAUCAGGACGAAAAUGCUUAUUUUGUAAAAAUAUUUGUGAAAACAGGGCGAUAUUGUUUCGUCAUAUGUUUACGGAACAUAACUUCAAUAUAGGAUUGCCAGAUAACCUUGUAAAUGUCAACAAAUUUUUAACAAUUUUAGAAGAUAAAUUAAACGGUCUUCAAUGUUUAUACUGUGAAAAAAUCUUUACUACACCAGCGGUUUUACGUAAGCAUAUGCGUAAAAAGAAACAUUUUAAAAUUAAUGCGAGAAAUAAGAUAUAUGACAAAUUUUAUGUUAUAAAUUAUUUGGAACCUGGAAAGAAUUGGGAGACAUUUGAAAAUGAACGUUAUGAAUCUGACGAGGAACCUUACAGAGACGAUCCGUGGGAUGAUUGGAAUGAUGAAGAAUAUCAACAAACCAAAUGUCUUUAUUGUACAAAUGUUUCAUCAACCACAAAAGAAUGUUUAAACCAUAUGAUUUCGAUACACAAGUUUGAUUUAUGGGAAAUUAAAAAUAACAUGGGACUAGAUUUCUACCAAACGAUAAUUUUAAUUAAUUACCUUCGUUAUAAAGUUAAAAAUCAUACUUGUAUGGCUUGUUCAACAACGUAUGAAAAUUCAAAUGAUUUGUUAGACCAUAUGAAUGAUGAAAAUUGUUUUACCAAAGUUCCAUCGUUGAACAAUGAUUUCUGGAAAGAUCCAAAGUAA